GUCGGCAAUGGGUGUCCGUGGCACAGCGCUGGCGCGCGCCGUGAGCCGGCGGCUGGCACGGCCCGGCGGCUGGCGCGCGCCGGUGCUGGCGCUGGCGCUGCUCUGGUGUGUCAGCCGUGCGCUGGUGCUGUUCCCCGGCGAGACACUGCGCGACAGGACCCUGUACCGGCUGACGAUCCUGCGAGACCCCGGAGACGUCAUCAUCGUAAGGGACGGCGCGUCCGUGCCCGACUCGGAGUUCAGCGACGCCGACAAGCGCAGUAUCAGCGGCUUGUUCCGGUGGGUGGCCACCAACACGACGCGCUGUGGGCGGCAAGCUUCGUUCGGCGGUCAGGUCUACGCCAACCGGAAGUGGGAGACCCGCCUGCUGGAGGGUGACCGGCCUGUCUGCCUGGACCCAGAGUUCUCCAUCGGUGACGCCGGCACGCCCUGCGUGGUGUACUCGUUUGGCAUCAAUCGAGACUGGUCGUUCGACGACGCGAUGGCGCGUUUCGGCUGCGAGGUGCACUCGUUUGACCCGUCGAUUGGUGCACAGCCGGCGCGCCGGCCCAGCGGCGUAUACUUCCACCCGGUCGGACUGGGCCGCAACGACCACGUGAACGUGUAUGGCUGGCAGAUCUGGACACUGGACCGCGCCAUGCGCGAGCUGGGCCACGACCACCUGCCGCGGCUGCAGUACCUCAAACUGGACGGCGAGGGAGCCGAAUGGGACAUGUUCUCCCAGCAGCUGCUCGACGGCGUCGGACACAGGGCGCUCGACAAGUUUGACCAGAUCGGUCUCGAGGUGCACAUGCGCAAGGCGGCCGAGCGGGAGAUGGAGUUCUACCACCGCGCCGCGAACGUGACCCAGCGCCUCUCCGAGAUCGGCUGGCAGGUGGCCGACACGGCGCCAAACAAAAUCUACCCGGUCUGGUUUCGGUUCCCGGGUGUGAGCGAGCCUGUCUCUCACAUGUACGACCUGCUCCUGCUCAACAGGCGCGAGCGUAGAAACUCCACCGUUCGAGCUGGAUCGUGACCGAUGGGGUCGACCAGGGCAUGGCUGGGAGCCGGGGUUGACGGACGUUAUGCCUGACCUGCCAGGAGCAUGGGUGCAAUGAUCAGGAUGCCGAAAAGACAUGCAUGGCGACCGCAAACGUUCGUCCGAUGUGGUUACCGCACAGUGGGAGCGCCACUCCUGCGACACUCAACAGUCAACACCACAUCACUGGCAUACAUAUAAAUACUGCCAGGCUACGUGACCGAAAACAGGGCAUCUCUAGGCAUACCAUUGUAAAAAUAACAAAAUUACACAAGUAGAUUUAGCUCCAAUGAACAGUAGGACUGAUAUGCUAGCGCCGUUCGUGUAGGUAUCUGAGAUACCGGUGCCAUUCGCACCAUCGCCCAGCUUCUGAUUGAGGCACGGUGCUUAUCAUUGGGCUUCACCGGCGUCCAAGUUCCCACACGAGUGCCCUCAGACGGUGGCCCUUCCGGCCGGAAUGUUCCGCUUGAGCGCCGUGAUUACAGCGGCGACUCGAACGCCGUCGCGCUGUCCCACCGGUGGCGAGUCGGUCGGCCUCGAUCGGCAGGCAAUGACCCAAAAACGGUAAACCGUUAGACGCACCGCUCCGAGACGCGGACCGGCGCAGCGCCCGCCAACGGCGCUCGCUGGCUAGCGACCGCGGGCGUGGGUCAAUGACCAGUGAUACCUAAGCAGAGUAGAUGCGUUUUACAAACGGAUUACAAUCAGAGAAGCCGUUUGUCGUGCAUUUUUACUUGCUCAUUUAUUCCCCGCAAAUGUGACAUUCACGGAGCACGUACGUGGCAGUCGACUGAGUGUUCGAUAUACACCACUACUGCCCACAAUGCGAAGCAGUACCUACUUACAUAGGUAUACAGACCGGUGCUGACGACGGAGUUAAGCGUUUGCUUAGAGCAAACCAAUGCACGAACGACACUAUGUGCAGGUAAAUGAGUUUCUUUGCGGGAGUUUCAUUUGCCGAUGAAUUUGUUUGUCGACAUGUGCAAUGUAGUCAUAGUGUCGUCGUGGGAUGAAUAGCGUGAUGCAGUCGGUAUAACGGCCAUUGUCACGGCGACAUUCAUAAAUGCCUUGUUGCGUUUGAAUGUGAUGAUAUAUGCUCACUACACUGAAAUACAUGUUUCAAUCAUG